AAGGAAGAAGGAACCAAAAUGAAAGCAGCCCCCCCGCUCCUCAGGAGGACUUCACACUUGUUGAUUAGCGUCUGUCUUCAGCCUUGCGGGCGGUGUUUGCGCUGCUUUCAGCCCGAUUUCUCGCGUCUGUCUCGCGGGUCUGGCCCGGCUGGUUGCGGGCAGCUCGGCUGGCUGACUGCUCGCUCGGACUGAAAACAUCAGCGAUCCGUUUCGCAGACUUCACGCCGCCGCGGACACACUGGGCAUUCAGUUCUGCCCGAUCGGUAUCUCAGCAUUUAUUCAUCCAGCUUCCUGAGCGGGGAGCUCCGGGAAACUAGCCGAGCACGGCGCCCUGUGCUCCGCGCAGCGCCGCUGGGUGGCACCGCUGUCUCCGGGCGGAGGGUCUUUCUGGUCGCGGGGAUCGUGAAUGUCGGAAAGCUUCGAGAAUCCCGCAUUAAUCUGUCACCGGAACAGCCGCUUGGUGUUUAAGCAGGUGGACGGUCGAUAAAUGUUUGAUCUUUAACGAGCCUGGGCGGCGGGAUUCUCAGGAAGCACACCGACCUCGGCGCCCUUUCCGCCGGGCAGCGCCGCCGGCUCCAGUCGGUGUGAUGACUGACUCUCCACAGGGCGACACCGACGUCACAUUUACCAUAAACUGACGUGGUCCGGAUCACCAAGCCGUAAACGAGUGUCCUACUGUGGGUUUUGGACCUGGAUAAUUAGCUUUCAAAGCGAGGGGAAAACUCCAGGACACACACCGAGCACAGCGCCCUUUACCGGGCUGCUCCGCCGUGUUCGGCCCGGUGGGAUGCCUCUCUGCUCGGGGUGGACUACUUCCUAGAAAUCUAGCGCCUUUGGCAUCAAGGAUAACUCUGCUGUCGCCCUGUUGUUGGGAAGUUUUCGUAAGAGGGCGGGCAGGAGGACAUGGCGGACUCCAGCCGGCCCAGACCGGCGGACCCUGAUGCCGCGGAGAGCCGGACAGCGAGCCCGCUGACCGGGAAGAAGAGGACGCAGCAGUCCCCCGGACUCCGGUCCAAGUACCAGAGCGCAGCUCCGGGCCACUGCUUCAAGAAAGUCACCCUGACCAAACCCACCUACUGCCACAGCUGCAGCGACUUCAUCUGGGGGAUCAUCGGCUUCCUGUGUGAAGUGUGUAACUUCAUGUGUCAUGAAAAAUGCCUGAAGACUCUGCGGGCGGUUUGUUCCUGCAUGGCUCCAUCUCUGGUCCAGGUGCCGGUGGCUCACUGCUUCGGUCCGGCCGGUCAGAAGAAACGUUUCUGCUGCGUCUGCAGGAAACAGACGGAGGGAAGUACAGCUCUGCGCUGCGAAGUGUGUGAGCUGCACGUCCACGCUGACUGCGCCCUCUUCAGCUGUGCUGACUGUCGCAGCUGCCACCUGGACGGGACUCUGGAGCAGGAUACGUUCCACCACCACUGGAGGGAGGGGAACCUGGCGUCCGCGGCGAGGUGUGAGGUUUGUCGGCGUUCGUGCGGCUCCUCUGACGUCCUGGCGGGGAUGAGGUGCGAGUGGUGCGGCAUCACGAGCCACUCGGCGUGUUACCUCAGCGUGCCGGCAGAGUGCACUCUGGGACGUCUGCGCUGCAUGCUGCUGCAUCCGGCCUUCGUCCGCCUCGACUCCAGAAACUUCAGCAAGAUGCACUGUUACCGCAUCACCGAGAGCUGCAGCCACGACCAGGAUCACUCCGACGAUGCUGAUCUGGCGGCGGCGGCACCUAAAGACGGUCAGCCGGCUGCUUCAGAGUCCGGUAAACAGUUUCUCAAGGUGUUUGAUGGCGAUGACGCCGUCAAGCGAGGCUUCUUCCGAUUGGUCUCAGUCUUUCGAGCUACGAAGAACGAGGAAGUGGCGGAGGCAGCGCUGAGGGCCUUUUACCUCCCCGACGAUCCGCGGGACUUCGAGCUGCACGAAAUCGGCGGCCUGCAGCGGCUGCAUAGUGAUGACGUCCUGAACCGUAAUGGCAGCGCGGACAACAGGAACUCGCUGAAGGACGGCUGCGACACGUGGCUGCUGAGGGCCAAACCCCGAGACACUGAGGUCAUCAAGGUGUACACUGGCUGGCCCAGGUCGGAUGUAGCUUUCAUUUCCGUCUGCGUCUCAGAGAGGAGCACGGUGUCUGCAGUCCUCACUGAGGUCCUCAGUAAGCUGGACAGACAGGAGGAAGAUCUGUCAAAGUUCUGUCUGCUAGAGGUCUGCAUGAGCAGCAAGCAGGUGCAGAGACAGACGCUGAGUCCUCAGGAGACGCUUCUGGACAAACUGCAGGAGAUCAGGAAGGUGUCUCUGCGGCAGCUGAACCAAACUCGCUUCUACAUCGUGGAGAACAGGAACCGGGCGGUGCAGGUGGAGCUGCUGAUCGGAGGACUGCUCCCCCUGCUGAGCACAGAGAGCUACACGCAACUGAUCCAGGAACACCUCGCCAUCAAAGGUCACCUGGUCACCAUCAGCAACUUCUACUUCAACCAAGGUGCGGUGGUGUUGCAGAUCUCCUGUUUUGCUGAAGCAGAGAGGAUCUACAUGUUGGCUAAAGAUACUUCCAUCAACAACAAGCCGCUCACCUCGCUGGUCAUACCGGAGAUCAUGCACAACAAGCUGGGAGCAGACGUGUGUCCCCUGCUGGUGUUUGUCAACCCGAAGAGUGGCGGCCUGAAGGGGAGGGAGCUCCUCUACAGCUUCCGGAAGCUCCUGAACCCUCACCAGGUCUUUGACAUCACCAACGGCGGACCGCUGGCUGGCCUCCACACGUUCAGGGCGGUUCCCAGGUUUCGGGUGCUGGUCUGCGGGGGCGAUGGCACGGUGGGCUGGGUGCUGGGAGUACUGGAGACUGUAAGGCACAAACUGACCUGUCGCGAGCCGCCCAUCGGCAUCGUACCACUGGGAACAGGUAACGACUUGGCUCGUGUCCUGCGUUGGGGUCCAGGUUACAGCGGUGAGGACGCUUACCACAUCCUGGUCUCUGUUGACGAGGCAGACGAGGUUCUGAUGGACCGCUGGACCAUCUUGCUGGAUGCCCAGAAUGUCUCUGAGGACAGCAAAGAUAAUGACUUCCUGGAGCCACCCAAGAUUGUCCAGAUGAACAACUACUUUGGUCUCGGUAUCGACGCAGAGCUCAGCCUCGACUUCCAUCUGGCCCGAGAGGACGAACCCGACAAAUUCACCAGCAGGUUUCAUAACAAAGGUGUGUAUGUGAAGGUAGGUCUGCAGAAGAUCAGUCACACCCGGAGUCUCCACAAAGAGCUGCAGCUUCAGGUGGACAAUCAGGACAUCCAAUUACCCAACAUAGAGGGGCUGAUCUUCCUCAAUAUACCCAGUUGGGGUUCGGGUGCUGAUCUGUGGGGGUCAGAGGUCGACAGUCGCUAUGAGAAACCGAGCAUCGAUGACGGGCUGUUGGAGGUGGUCGGGGUCACAGGGGUCGUCCAUAUGGGCCAGGUACAGAGUGGUUUCCGCUCCGGGAUUCGCAUAGCUCAAGGGCACUACAUCAGGCUGACACUGAGGAAACCCAUACCUGUCCAGGUGGAUGGAGAACCGUGGAUCCAACCGCCGGGACACAUCAUCAUCUCUGCUGCUGGACCAAAGGUUCGAAUGCUGAGGAAGUCCAAGCAGAAGCAGAAGAAGUCAUCAGCUAACAUGAGGGACGGACACUUGGAGAGUCCUUCUUCCAGAGACGGGCACUGACCGGCUCACCUGAUAACGGGCGUCCUGCCCGCCUCCCGCUGCACAUGGGAAGCCAUUUUGGUUGUGCCGGUUGUGAAGUCACUCAUGUAGCGUUGCAGCGACGCUAACAGGCUGCUGAUGGAGCACGGACUGCUGGAGGUUUAGCUGAGUGGGACUGUAUUUAAUGCCUGCUGUCCGGGCACCUACCGUACAGAAACCACAGUAACUGUGGUUAAUAAGAUUAACUUCUUUAUGUAACAGUAAAUAACUCACAGCAGGAUGUCUGCAGAGACUGCAAAAUUGAUGAGUUGAAUAUUGACCAUUUCUCAGUAUGAAUAAGCUCUGAGCUGGAACAAAAAAAAAAAACUAGAGAAGUAUUUAAACUGUCUGGAUGUGACUGUUUUUGUGCAGUAAGUAGCAGCAGACUCAGUGUCAGCUGAUAAAAUAACUUUAGUUGUGAAAAAUGAUGUGCAGCUAUAGAAUAAUUAUGACCUCAGUGUUGGUCUUUUUGUCAUUAGAGAAUAUGAAGAACUGAAGAGGGUGACGGGCAGUUUUUUAAAAGGCUGUUACUGUUUAAUGCUGAUCUAAACCAAUAAUUUCCUGGGCCGACUAUCUGUCGUCUUCUUCUGCUUCUCUUUGGUUUCCUGUGGGAGAUUUUAGUUCACAGACAUGAUGAAGCACACGAGUGUGGAAAUAUCACACUAUUGAUUAGAAUUAAAGUCAGAUCAGGUUGCUGGAAAUAGCAGUGAAGCCUGGAGCAGUUUGUGCUUUAUUUCUGAUGCUCACAGAGAUUAAUCUUGCAAUAAAACCUGUCAUAAUGUAUUUAAUGCUAAAUAUGAGAAAAUAUAAAACCAGAAACUGUAGGAUAUUUUAGAAUAUUAAAAAAAAAAACAAUAACCACCUAAUAAUUGUCUUUUUACUGAAAACUACAUAAAUAUGUAAAAUAUAUCAGUGUAGAUUUCUCAUAAGAACUGUAGUCGACUUAUAAUGCAUCCUAACACCCAGUUAGGAUGCAUUAUAAAGGUUAUAAUUUUUUAUCUUGUUCACGGGUGGUGCUGUCCUGUUACUCGAGAUACUCAGAAACAACCUAAAUAAUGUCAUUAUUGUAAAUCCAGAAUCAAACAGAUAAAACCGGUAAUAUUAGAACACAGCUGAAAAUUUAGAUUCUUGGUUAUAUUACUUAAAAUUAAAUGGUGAGACUUGUAAACUGGGGAUGAAAAUAACACUGCUGUGGUAGUUUGUAACUUUGGGAGCUAGUUUUGAGCAUUAACGCACAACAAAAGUUUUUUGUUUUUGUGGAUGGUUUCUAUUUCCAACCAAAUCACGUCUUUAACACGUGACGUUACUGAACUUCUUUUUGAAUAUCACAAAUUUUUACUUUUAGCAAAUGUAAAAAUGUGAAUAUUUUGUGAAAUAAAAUAAUUUAUUCAUUUGAGUCAGAGGUUAAAAUGGUUCAUUAAAAACAUGAUUUUAACUUUAGUCAUUAAAAUAUGGACUGCAAUUUUAAUUACAUUAAUAAAGCGUUUUGCUAUGCUAGAUUUUUACAUUUAAACUUGUAAGAUUAUUAGCUUAGUUAGCUAGUUUAAAAAAAAGUAGACUAUAAAAAAAUUGAAUUUGUUUAUUGUCUGUAUCAGGAACUAAAAAACUGAAACAAACUCAGUUUUUAUUUCCUAAAAAGCAGAGUAAAAUAUGGCACUGUAGUGACAGCGAUUAGCUACAGAACUAGCUCUCUUGCUAACUAAGCUAUAGCAAUAUUACACUAACAUAGCAAACCUGUUGAUUUCUUGCCUAAUUUAUAAACCUAACCAAAACUAAAUGAAAUCAAAACAAAAAAGUGGAAACAGAAUCAAAAUUACAGUGAAAUGUAAUAGAAUAGAUAUGCUCACAUUAGAUGGAAAACUAGUUAGAUUAUUAGCUUGGCAAGCUAAGUAGAUAGCUUAUUAGCAAUCUACUUAUAUUCCCAAAAUAAUGCUAGUUUUGUAGAUUAAAUUGAUUUUGAGCCACUAAAAAACUAAAACUGCUGAACUAAAGAGCACAGCAGGGCAGAGGUAAAUGUAACCGCUGCUGUCGGGAAUAUAACGUGUUGGAAUAUUGUGUUUGUUUUUGAGAUGUGAGAGGUCAAUCUAAUAAACAAAUAUAAUUAUUUCAUUUUAAGUACUACUUUCUAGAUUAUGCCUUCAUCCUAUCUCAACUACAUGGCUGAGUUCAUCUAAAAAUCCAAAUCUUCUCUAAAUUAUUGAGUCAAACAGACGGAAACAGCACAGAACCAGGAGAGUCCAAACCAUCCUGGUGAGUCCUGCUCUUCAGCCAUAACGGACUCAAAGAUGAGCUCCAUUUUACAUUUUAAAGACUGACAGGAUUUUAUGAAAGAGGCUCUUUGUUCACAUUCCCAGAGUGUAAAGAAGCCCAAAGGUUCCAGCUCUUAAUGUAGCCUCAAACAUAUUCAAUAACUGUACUUUGACUGUAAUAUUUACACUUUUUAAAAUCCUACAUGUACUUAACAGAUUUAUUUUGGUGCUAGAAGAUUAACUGUAUGUUGUAGUUCUGUGCUUGGUUUGAGAUUUGAGUAUCAUGUUUUAUUAUCACAGCCUUAAAAUGAAGUUUAAUGAAGGUGAAAUAACUUGAUGGCUUCAUUGAACCCUUUUCUGCACUCGCUCUUCGGGUCGAUUUCCGCCCUCUGCUGUUCUCCAGCUUUGUUUCUUUGCGUUUUUGUUUUUCUGUCCAAUAUUUAAUGUUCCAGUGUUACAUAUUCAUAUUAAUACUUCCAAAACUUUAAAAAAAAAUUGUAGGUUUACCUGUGCAUGCCCACAAAGUAUAGCUCAAAACCUCUCCUGAAACUGGCCAGUCAGGAGCAGUGGACUUUUAGGGAGGGGUGGUCUUGUUUGAGACAGAGGAUGAACUGUGGGGCUGUACAAAGGGCCAGUAUGAGAUAAAUAAGGAUUAUUUGUUUUACUGUGAAUCAUGCAAAGCCCCUCUGGAUUCAUGGAAUAAAAAUAGAGUUUGGAAACGAGCACAGUAACAUCACAUGUAAGCAUGACUUAACUGUGGUUGAUGGCUUGAAUUGGAAAAACACAAUUGUACCAUUGCAUUUAAGCAUUAAUUACAUAUAAAUGAGCUCCCUGAUGGGUUCAAGCAAACCAACCGCAUUAUGAUUUAUAACAUUUUAAAUUUCACAUUUGCUGGUUUUCAGGCUUCUCGUCCACCAGCAAAGCCGACUUCAACCUGAAAUAACAAUAAAGACACUUUGAGUAACAUGAACAUGUAAUUUUGGAUCAUGAGCACCGUCUUUUACAGGAACUGGUGCGCACACCGGGAGGCGCUGCAGAAAGGGCUCAAUGAUGACUGUGUGUUUGUGGCUUUAAACUGGCGUGAACCUGAAGUGUGUUCAGGUCAUUUGUUGUUUCUCUACACUUGAUCCUGUGUGUACUGGCAGUAGGAUGUAGCUGUGUAACUGUACACAUAUGUAGUACUGUCAGAGUGUGUAUUACAUGCAUGAAGUACUGUAGUUCUCUUCCAUGUAGAGCUGAAUGUUGUGUUUUUACAGCUCGUAGAGCUGAAACUGCUGCAGUCACAGCUGCCGGUCUUACUGUGGGAUCAGUCAGGCACUGGUUUCUGUUCGUCUUUGUGUUUAAGCAACUUUCACUUUUCUGCAAACACCAAAAAUCAUCCGUCAGACUCAUUUCCAGGCGUAAGUUUGUAAAAGAUCAAAACCAGCAGGCUUGUCCGAUAUCGAUGUCGAUACUGAACCAGCCGGGGCGGCACAGAACAUCAGAAUUCUCCCAGAACACGAACACCAACCAAAACCAGUUUAAACCAGUUUGAUAAGCAAGUUCUAACUGUGGGCAGACCUACUGCCUCCGCUGGCAUUAGGAGGUGUACCUGCACAGGUACAGCAAACAGCAUGCAGUCUGAUGAAUAUGUUUGAUUGUGCUGAUGGGUAGAAGAACAGAACGAGGUCUUGUGCUUUGUUUUGAGUUCAUAAAGGAGUUCGGGAAUAGCACUGGACCAAACCACUGUGAGGCCAAUGGGGGGAGGGGGAGGGUCCAUUUGUAAUACAUUGUUUUGCAUCUACAGUUAUCACCGGAGCUUUUUUAUUAUUUAACAUUAUGUAGUUAUAGUCGCAGUGAGGCACUGACAAGAAAAAUGGGGCCGGCUCUCUGGAUGUAACAACCCACUUUGGGCAGAGUCGGAUAAAUGCCCCCCCCCCCCCCCCCCCCCC